AAAAGUCUUAUCCAUCAUAUUUGCACAAAUUACGGGUGUAACUUCCGGUCGCUUAUGAAAUACGUUUUUGAAAUACGACCACAAAAUCAAAGCAGUUAAAAAAAGCAGUUAAAGCAGUUAAAAAAAAAAUAAUAAAAUACUUUUUUUUACUACGAAUAAAGCCAAAAACAGUUUCCUAAACAACGUAACUCUAAAAAUUAACAUAAUAUUUUUCUCUAUUAAGCGAUAAAGUGGAAGUGAAGCAGUCAGUCAAGUUUAAAUUAUUUAGUAAAAUGAUUUCCAUUUUAAUUAAAAACGUAUAUAACAACCAGAAUUAAUGUAACAGUUUUAAAGAAAAAAAAUGAUGUUUUGUUAUAGGGUGGAUUAGUGACUAAUGUGGGACUCCUAAGCUUUAGUGCAUUUAUGUCUUCUUUUACAACAUUAAAGUGAACAUGAUUGGUGUUGAAUUCAAGCAGGGGUGUCAAGUUAUUGAAAUUACUUGACUUUCUGGAAAUUAUGUCAGAAAUCUGGCCAUGAAAAUGAUCAAACAGGAAGUACCUCUUGUCAGUCCUCUGUCUUGUGUUUCUUGUGUUCCCGCCUCUUGUGUCCUUAUUUGGUCAUGUUCCUGUCCUUGUUCAGUGUGAUUAUUAGUUGAGUCUUGUCCAGCUGUGUUUUAGUCAUUAUCAGUAAUUGUUAUGUGUAUUUAGUUCAUGCCUGUUUAGUUAGAUUUUGUCUGGUCUACUCGUUACUCCCCGGUGUUCCUGCCGAUGUCAACCUUGCCUUGUCUUGCCCUGCCUUGUUUGAGUUCAUUAAAGACUAUUAUUUGAGUUAUCCUCGUUCCUCCCUGCUGUGUGCACCGUGACACCUCUUGUGAAGUUUACUGAAAUGACAGUGACAUAGGAUUUAGACAAAAUUAAUGUUAAGGAUAUAAAUCUGUUGUAAAUAAAGCAAUGUUCUAAAUUGUUAUCAAAUUAUAUUUGUGAUGUAUUUGUACAUCAAAUUUUGCAAUAAUAUUGUUAAAAUUUUUGUCAUCUCACUUUGGAAAAGGAUGUUUCAAAAGUGGGACAGCAUGUUUUGACUAAUGUGGGACAGUCAAAUAUACUAUGUUAUUCAAUUGAUAAAAUAUACAUUAAGAAAGUUAAAUGCCAUACAUGUAAUUUUGCUUUUUUUUUUUUUUUUUUUUGGUUCAUAAUGCAGCAAUAUUACUUGUUUUAAGAUCCAGAUUCAAAAUUUAGAGACUAGAGGACGAUGGGAUCCUGGACCACGAUGUGUCCAUGAGUGGCCAGAGCUGCUUGUUUCUAUUGUGUUUUUACCAUUACAAUUUGUCUAACACAAGCUUUGAAAAAGAAAUUUUGUAUCUGUCUCACGCAGUGUUUUCAAUUGAAAGUAAGGUUACUAGUGUGUUAUUGUAUUCAGCAAUAGCUAUCAUUUUUAAUUUCUGUUCUGCAGGUGUGUUUGGAGCAGAAAGAGUUGAGACAAUGACAGUGAUUGAGGGAGAUUCUGUUACUCUAUACACAAAUCUCACUGAGUUACAGAACGAUGAUACCAUACUGUGGCUGUUUGGACCUAAAGACUCUGUCAUAUCUCAAAUAACGAGAAAGCAUAACCUGACUUCAUUUUUUGUCACUGAUGAUGGGAGAUUCAGAGACAGAUUGCAGGUGGAUCAAAAGACUGGAUCUCUCACCAUCAGAAACACCAGAAUCAGACACUCGGGACAAUAUAAACUCAGCAUCUCUAGAGAGAAGACUAUGACCAAGAUAUUUGAAGUUAUUGUUAUCGGUGUGGUUGGUGAGACGGAUGGAGUGAAGUCAUUGUCAGUGAUGGAGGGAGAGUCUGUUAUUCUACAGAAUGAUGUUUCUGAAGUACAGAGAGAUGAUCUAAUAGUGUGGAGGUUUGGAGAUAAAGGCGUCCUCCUGGCUAAAAUUGAUGUGGAAACUAAUGACAGGUCAAUAAACAAUGCUGAUGAGAGAUUCAGAGACAGACUGAAGCUGGAUCCGGAUGGAUCUCUGACCAUCAAGAACACCAGAACUACAGACUCUGGACUUUAUGAACUACAGAUCAGAGGCCGUGAGAGCUCACAGCAAUUCCUGGUUUCUGUGAGUGGUGUGUUUGGAGCAGAAAGAGUUGAGACAAUGACAGUGAUUGAGGGAGAUUCUGUUACUCUAUACACAAAUCUCACUGAGUUACAGAACGAUGAUACCAUACUGUGGCUGUUUGGACCUAAAGACUCUGUCAUAUCUCAAAUAACGAGAAAGCAUAACCUGACUUCAUUUUUUGUCACUGAUGAUGGGAGAUUCAGAGACAGAUUGCAGGUGGAUCAAAAGACUGGAUCUCUCACCAUCAGAAACACCAGAAUCAGACACUCGGGACAAUAUAAACUCAGCAUCUCUAGAGAGAAGACUAUGACCAAGAUAUUUGAAGUUAUUGUUAUCGGUGUGGUUGGUGAGACGGAUGGAGUGAAGUCAUUGUCAGUGAUGGAGGGAGAGUCUGUUAUUCUACAGAAUGAUGUUUCUGAAGUACAGAGAGAUGAUCUAAUAGUGUGGAGGUUUGGAGAUAAAGGCGUCCUCCUGGCUAAAAUUGAUGUGGAAACUAAUGACAGGUCAAUAAACAAUGCUGAUGAGAGAUUCAGAGACAGACUGAAGCUGGAUCCGGAUGGAUCUCUGACCAUCAAGAACACCAGAACUACAGACUCUGGACUUUAUGAACUACAGAUCAGAGGCCGUGAGAGCUCACAGCAAUUCCUGGUUUCUGUGAGUGCUGUUCCAGAUUCAGAACCGUCUCCAGGUCUCAUAGCAGGAAUUGUUGUUGCUGCUCUGCUUUUGGCUGCAGUUGUAUCCUCUGUUGUGGUUCACUAUCGCCGCAAGAUCUCUGAACUAGAAAAAAAAAUGGAGAAGAAAGUGUCAGUGGCAGAUGGAGAUUCUGUCAUUCUGGAGACUGAAACUAACCUACAGGGAGAUGAUGAGGUACACUGGUGGUAUCACGAUGACCACAAUCUCAUCGCUGAAAUCAAUGGAGUGACCAAACAGACACAUGGUGGUUUUGAUGAAAGAUUCAGAAGCAAACUGGUGCUGAAUGAUAAGACUGGAUCUCUCACCAUCAAUAACACAAUGAUUAUUCACUCUGGACUCUAUAUACUACAAAUCAGCAGCAACAGCACCAAUAAGAGAAUCAACAAGCGAUUAUUCUUACAGUCACAAUGAGGACAGUGCCAGUGAUGAAGGGAGAAUCUAUCCUUCUAAAGACUGAUACUGAAAUACAGAGUGAUGAUGAGAUACUGUGGACGUUUGGACCUGAAAACCGUCUCGUUGUUAAAACUGAUUCAGGAAAGACUAGUAUUGGUCAGAAAUUCACAGGCAGAGUGGAGCUGAACACGUCGAAUGGAUCUCUCACCAUCAAAAACAUUGAAACCACAGACACUGGACAUUUUAAACUACAGGUCAUCAACAGCAAACAUACCACAUUCAGAAGAUUCAAUGUGACUGUCACAGGUUCCACAGGAGAACGACUGAAUGAUUCAGUGACUGUAGGGAUGCCGCUGUUGAAAUGAGGUAUGAAUGAAUGAUUGAUAUGUCACGCCCACCAAUGUCAAUCACUGUGACAUCAUCAGUAUUUCAGCGCAACAACAUUUUUCUGAUUUUACGAAAGGGAAUAACGUGUGUUGUUGAGCUGUUAAACUCACCAAGAUGUAAAACUUUUUUAAGAUGAACUGGGAAACGUGUAUGAAACUCUUCCAUUAUUAACUUAGCAACUGGAUGCACAUCCCACUUAUUCCAUUAAGCAUUUUUACAUGAAAGACAAAAAUGUUAAACCUACGGACACUCAUCUCAGAAGCUAUUUCUUGAUGUACAAAUCAUUUUAAAAAUAUAAAGAAUGUUCUUCCACUAUCAAGAAUCUGUUGUGGAAUGGAAAGGUUCUUUGGAUGUUAAAGGUUGUAGAACAUAUGACAUAUAAAUAACCAGUUUUUGCAUUUACAUUUACAUUGUCAUUUAGCAGAUGCUUUUAUCCAAAGCGACUUACAAAUGAGGAAAACAAUAGAAGUAAUCAGACUAACGAUAGAGCAACAGUAAACAAGUGCUAUGACAAGUCUCAGUUAGUCUAGCAUGGUACACAUAUCUAGAGCUGUAUAUAUAUAUAGAAUAGAAUAGGUAAGUGUUAGUAUUAGUUGGUCAGGUGCUGGCAAAAAAAAAAAAAAAAGAUGUGUCAUUAAAAUGUCCUUUUAAAAUGUUUUCUUUUUAAUCAAUGCUUUUAUUCAAAUCUUUUCACAAAUGAUAUGGGGCGGGGGACUAUAUGUAUAUACACACACUGUUACUGUUUUAUGUCUUUUGUCUCUUAAAAAUGGUUCUAAACAGUACCAAAUUAGGGUUCUUCGGCUCGUAACAAUAGUGGAUCCCUUUUGAUGCUAAAUAGAACCCUUUUAUAUAAGGUUUCAUAAAUAACCGUGCUUGUAGGACAUGGUGUUAUAAAUACCCUUUUUAAUAAUAGUUUAUUUUUGUUCGUCAGUAUUUUUAUAUUAUUAAUACAAUUUGAAAAUUAAAAUUUAUAGAAAUUUUAAGAAAUAAAUAUUUUAACUGUUGAGUGUGUUGCCAGUCUGUCUUGAGCUCCAGAAAGCGAGUAAAGAUGUGGCUUUGACAGUUACAGAUUUGAAAAACAAAAAGGCUGGAAAAAAGAACCCUGAACUCCAAUGCAAAGAACCAUCUUAGCAUAUGAAAGGUUCUUCACGAUGAUACGGUUCUAAAUAGAACUGUUACUAUGUGUAAAGAACCUAGAACAAUAUGUUUUACAGAGCGUAGUUGUUGCUGUGAUGCCUUUGAGAAUGUAAAAGAAUGUCUAGGUUUAUUGUGAAGCAGAAUAUUUCAUUGCAUGUAUUGUGUAUAAACUCUUGUCAAGAGAAAUGAAGUGCUCUCUUCCAAACAAUUCCAAAGAUCUGAAUGAUAAAAGAUAUUCAAAAAGCAGAAAAUCUUGGAGAUUCUCUAGAGGCCAUGAAGUUUACAUAAGGUGACAAAAUGUCACUCACAUGUAUAACACAUCCUGCAAAGAUGACUUAUGUGUGUGAGUGAACAUGGGUUCUGGGAGACAAGUGCAUUGUUGAGUGUAACUGUCAAAUAUGCAGACAGUUUGGAAUGAAAUGUCUAGAAAGAUCUGGUAAGGUGUAUAAUAAAAUGUGUGUAUUGCUAAAUGCCAUUGAUGCAAGUAAGAAAUGUAUUCAAGCAGGUAAACAAAGCAAUGAAGCAAGAAAUGUAACAAUUAAUGCAUUUGUUCAGUAAAUGUAUUUAUUCAAAUCUUUUGAUAUAUGAUGUAGAGGGGGGAAAUUAUAUAUAUAUAUAUAUAUAUAUAUAUAUAUAUACACACACAUACAUACUGUUACUGUUUUAUGUCUUUUGUUGUGUGCUAUGUUGCCUUCAAGAUAAGAGAAAAUAAAUGAAUGUUUAGGUUUAUUGUUAAGCAGUCAUUUUCCAUUGCAUGUAUUUUUGUAU